CCGCAGUAUGGCCACACAGAGCACAGACGUAUAUUCUAAUAUCUUCAAUUCGCUCGCCGGUUUGUUAUUGUUUAAACAAAAGCUAAGGCUUGACCCUAUCUGCCCUUGAAUAAUGAACCUACUGCAGGCGAUUCGCAGGAUGAGCCAAGGUGCCUCGGAGGUGCCACUUUCGGCCCUGCGCCUGAAGUACUGUGAGCGCAAGGACGCCUUCCUGGAGGAUGACAUCAAGGUGAAGAAUCCCUUUUGCGUAUUUCGGGACUGGCUGGAGCUGGCACUGAAGACGCCGGAGAUCCUGGAGCCCAAUGCCGCCGCUCUGGCCACCGUCGGUGCGGAGGGAAGGCCCUCCAACCGCUAUGUGCUGGUCAAAGAAGCCACCGCCGAGGGCUUCACCUUCUUCACGAACUACGGAAGCCGCAAGGCGGAGGACAUCAAGUCCAAUCCCCAUGUAGCCAUAUCCUUCUACUGGCUGCCCUUGCGGCGAAGCGUCCGCAUCGAGGGCGUGGCUGAGAAGAUCACGGCGGAGGACUCGCUCAAGUACUUCCACCAGCGACCUAGGGCCAGCCAAAUCGGAGCCGCUGCCAGUCCGCAAAGCCAGCGGAUUCCGUCGCGCAGCUACUUGGACGACGUGGAGGCGGCAAUCAAGGAGAAACUGGGUCCCGAUGGCGAGGUGUCGCUGCCCAACUGGGGUGGCUACUUGGUGCGUCCCGACCUUAUUGAGUUCUGGCAGGGCCAGACCGAUCGGCUCCACGAUCGCAUCCGCUUUAGACGAGGUGGGGGAGUGGAAUCCGAGGUCGACGGCAAACUGGUCCACAAGGGAGAGGAUGGCUGGGUGUACGAACGGCUGGCUCCUUAGGUACUGGGAACUGGAGCUCAGCUGCAGAUGCAUUGAAAAUGUCUUCCAAUUACAAGGUUAACUACCACAUACAAAUUAAACGUUAAAUUUCCCUUUUCGGUUUGAAAGCAUACUAGCUAAAGAUAAUAUAUAGUUCGCAGCUUAUAAUAUGACCGUGUUUAACUGCCAUAAAACUUACGUCUUUAAGCACUGGCUAAACUUAUAGUUAAACAAGCAGCAUAAGCAUUUUUAAUCCGUUCCCUGGCAGUUUGUUAUAAAUUGUAAAGCACAUCGAAAA